AUGCGCACUCCGAACGUCAUGCUCUCCAAGGGUGCCGCCUUCAUGCGGCGCCCCCAGACCCUCUACAGCCUGAAAGAUGCUGCUAGACCACAGAUCCCUGCUCUCUCCGCUCUCUCCCGUUACUACGCCUCCAAGUCUUUCCCUCCCCACACAAUCAUCAGCAUGCCUGCGCUGUCUCCCACGAUGACUGCUGGAAACAUUGGAGCUUGGCAGAAGAAGGCCGGUGACGCCUUGAACCCUGGUGACGUGUUGGUCGAAAUCGAGACCGAUAAGGCACAAAUGGACUUUGAGUUCCAAGAGGAGGGUGUUUUGGCCAAGGUUUUGAAGGAUGCUGGUGAGAAGGAAGUUGCCGUCGGAAGCCCUAUCGCUGUUUUGGUCGAGGAAGGCGCCGAUGUUAGCCCCUUCGAGAGCUUCACCCUCGAAGAUGCCGGCGGCGAUAAGGGCGCAGCUGCACCCCAGGCCGAAGAAUCGAAAGAAGAGGCCCCCAAGCCAUCACCUUCGGAAUCCGAAGCCCAGCCCGAGGCCGUUGAACCAGAGGUUACCGGAGAGCGAUUGCAACCAGCUUUGGACCGUGAGCCCCAGAUCAGCCCGGCCGCAAAGGUCUUGGCUCUCGAGAAGGGAAUCCCUAUCAAGUCUCUUAAGGGUACUGGACGGGGCGGCCAGAUCACCAAGGAGGAUGUUGAGAAGGCCAAGCCUGCUGUCUCGGCUGGCGCCGCCGGAGCCACCUACGAGGAUGUUCCUCUGACCUCCAUGCGCAAGACCAUCGCCAGCAGACUCCAGCAAUCGAUGCGUGAGAACCCCCACUACUUCGUUUCGUCUACCUUGUCCGUCACCAAGCUGCUCAAGCUCCGCCAGGCUCUCAAUGCCUCUGCUGAUGGCAAAUACAAGCUUUCCGUCAACGACUUCCUCGUUAAGGCCUGUGCCGCGGCUCUUCUCAAGGUCCCCGCUGUCAACUCGAGCUGGCGUGAGGAGAACGGCCAGACCUUUAUUCGCCAACACAACACCGCCGACAUCAGCGUCGCCGUUGCCACCCCCGUCGGUCUCAUCACCCCUGUUGUCAAGAACGUCCAGGGCCUUGGUCUGUCCAACAUCUCUAACCAGAUCAAGGACCUUGGCAAGCGUGCCCGCGACAACAAGCUCAAGCCCGAGGAGUACCAGGGCGGUACUUUCACCAUCAGCAACAUGGGUAUGAACCAGGCUGUUGAGCGAUUCACCGCCGUCAUCAACCCUCCCCAGGCUGCUAUCCUGGCUGUCGGCUCUGUCCGCAAGGUUGCUGUUCCCGUCGAGACUGAGGAUGGCACUUCGGUCGAAUGGGACGACCAGAUGGUCGUGACUGGUAGCUUCGACCACAAGGUCGUUGAUGGUGCUGUUGGCGCCGAGUGGAUGAAGGAGUUGAAGAAGCUGAAAAUCCACAUGUUUACUCCUCUUCAACACUCCUCAUCACCAGAUGGGAUGACGACCAGCGAAUCGUCUGAAGAAGCACCGCAAAACGAAAUGGAAUGCGAUGAUGUUGUUCCAUAUCACGGUCAUCUGGAUCCAGCUGCGAAGAAAGUCGUUCAAGGCGAGUGGAAAACAUCGACUCAGCAACUAAAAGAGCUCUAUGGGUUGAUUCUGCACGAAGAGCGUGACGUCCAGACUUUUCAUCUAUGGCUCCACAUGCUUGACUGCAAUCUUACGCCAAACGUGAGAGGCCUAUCGAUCGAAUACCAGAGUAUCGACUGCACGCAUGAAGACUACAGCCUGGUUCGUCUGACGCUUCGUGCCAACGAUGACUCGAUGAAUCGAAAGACGCAAAUUCAAAUCCUCGCAUUUGAUGAUGCCUCCAAAAGCGACCCUGACAGCGACAGCAACAAAGUCUCAUGGGAUGUGUUUCUCAAAGAACUCGAAGCCCAUCAUCAGAUCAUGUACCAACGCGGAGAGUUGGAUGGAGACUAUGACUGUUUCGUGGCAUAUAGACAGUUUUCCAGGCUCUAUACUCUGCAUGGUGCAGAACAAUCCAACCUCAGACAAUGUUGGGUCCGGUUCACCGAAGAGAGAAUGAGACUGAAUCACAUCCAGCCACUUGCGACAGACCCGUAUGAUUCAGGACCAUUGUUUGAGUUCAGAGUGCACUACACUUUGAUUAAGCACUUGCUGAGAGCUUUUGCGGGGAAUAUCAAUAUACCAUACAUGUAUGCUGUCCCUAUUUAUAAUUUGUGUGUUUGUUAUUGA